GUCCUAGUCCAAGGACGUCAGUCUUCCUUAGGUUUCACAGUUAUUUUUGAUCAAGAAAACCAGGUGAAAGCUGUUAAAGAUACACGUACGUUGAAGUUUGGAAAAGAAAAUUCCUCAAAAAAGUUUAAGGAAGAAACGCGCGAAGAUCAUUGAAUUGGAGUACAACAGAAGAUAAUCUCAUUUCUAAAGAUCAUCGAAAUCCUGAAAAUUCGGAACAUUUUUAUUCUCUCAUUUUGACUUUUUCGUUUUUUUUUUCCUUUGAAAGCGCAAGCAAAAAUCUAUCUGGGUUGGAUUAAUCUCUGUAAUUGAGUAGUAUCUGCAUAAACAAUUUGAGAGAUCAGAAAAUAACUUCAAAUUUAUGGCGGAAUCGGAGUGAGUUCAUUAAAGCUCAAAGCCUUGCUAUUUUCAAAUUCGGCAUAAAUGUCUGAUCAAGAAGGACUGGACAUUCAUAAAUGGCAAUCAGACAUGUUGAAAUCAGAUGGAGACAAGAAAGGCAAGGUAAAAUUUGGGAGUAUUACGGAGGUACCUCCUUCAAACCAGUUCUCACAGUCUCCGGAGAAACCUAGGGAAACGAAACUUGAUUCUAGUAUUCCUCCAAUUUAUAUUGAGGACGUACGAGACGCAAAGCAGGAGGAUGCAGUCCAUCAAUUUCGUCAAAAGCUCAUCCAACUUAAUGCACUGCUGCCUAGGCAUGAUAAAUAUCACAUGCUGUUGAGAUUCUUGAAAGCUAGAGACUUCAACAUUGAGAAGGCAACCCUCAUGUGGGAAGAUAUGCUGCAGUGGAGAGAUGUAUAUGGGACAGAUACUAUAUUGGAGGAUUUCAAGUUCGAGGAGCUGGAGGAAAUUUCGCAGUAUUAUCCUCAAGGAUUCCAUGGUGUUGACAAAGAAGGACGACCUGUUUAUAUUGAGAGGCUUGGAAAGGCUUACCCAAAUAGAAUUCCACGCAUUACCACAAUCAGUCGCUACGUAAAGUACCAUGUGCAGGAGAUUGAGAGAACAAUGAGUGAGAGGUUUCCAGCAUGUUCGAUUGCAUCAAAAAGAUAUAUUGGUUCAACAACAGCAAUCCUAGAUGUGCAAGGCUUGGGUAUCAAGAACUUCACUAGGACUGCAGCAGAACUUCUGGCUAGUGUAGCUAAGAUAGAUUGCAGCUAUUACCCUGAGACAUUAAAUAGAAUGUUCAUUGUAAAUGCUGGAUCUGGCUUCAAGAUGGUUUUUGCUGCUGCAAGGAGAUUUAUCGACCCCAAAACUAUAAAUAAGAUACAAGUCUUAGAUCCUAACUCCCUUGGUAAACUACUUGAAGUUAUAGACUCAAGCCAACUCCCUGACUUUUUAGGUGGCUCAUGCAUGUGCGCAGCUGAAGGAGGCUGUCUUCGGUCUAACUACGGUCCAUGGAAAGAUCCUGAUAUACUUAAGCUUGUACAUAGCGCAGAGGUAUUACUUGUGAGUCAGACCACGGCAAUAUCAGACAAGGAGCGCAGUAUUGGCUGUAGUAAGAUGCAAUCACGAAAGGUCAUGUCAUCAGAUACAGUUGCUUAUUGCAGUGAUAAUGACCGUAUUGUUGGUGACUCUGAAGCUUUGGAUUGUACUCGAGAGGAGGCACUUCCUGAGGGGCAAUCAUUUCGAGUUAAUUAUCAUGAGAACACUUCUAUAGUUGCAACACCAAGAGGCACUUUGUUGACCGAUAGGUUCAAUACUAUGGCGGAGGGGAGAAAUUUUUGGUUUCUUGGGAGAGUAGUAGUGGCUUUUAUGGUCAAACUCAUAGCAAUGUUUCGUUAUUUGCGCUUCGGGUGGGGGCAAGGAAAUAUUUGCACACCCAACACAUUAGGUCCUAAUAGAAACAGCUCUUCAAUUACUUCAGAGCCUCCAAAUGAAGAGAACAGUACUCAGCCAUGUUUACAGCAACUCCGGAGGCUGGAGUCAUUAUUCGAGGAGAUUAGCAAUAGAACCCUGAAUAUUCCUCUUGAAAAGGAGGAAAUUUUCGUCCAAUCGCUGGACCGUAUCAAAACCGUGGAACUCGACCUUCAGAAGACUAAGAAUGUAUUGCAAUCGAUGGUGCUGAAGCAGGUUGAGAUUUCUAACAAGCUGGAAAGUCUACAGGAAGCUAAAUUCCGGCGAAGGAGAGUUUUCUGUUGAUAUUGGAAACACGGCCAGCCAAACUUUAGUUUGUUGAUAGUAUAAAAACGGAUAUUUUUGGCAAGCUUUGAUCGGGUAUUAAAUAUUUGUUGUAUAUUUGAUGUACAUAGUGGUUUAUUGGUUGGUCCAGUGCUCCAGUAGGCCUCCAUUAAUGAGUUGACUACACAUACGCACACAAAAAAAAGAAAAACUAUAUUAAACAGCAAUACGGCAUUCAUUUGUACAUGUCUGUUUGUCUGACUCGCACAAUAGAUCAGUAUGAACAGAAUAAUAUGUAUUACAUAUAUAUAUAUGUAUAAGAAUAAGAUGUGCGCAUCCCAAAAUUAAGAAUUAUUGACUUAAAGCUA